UCAGUACAUCCCCUAACAAGAAAAAAGAAGCCAUUGAAUAACUAGGUGCUGAUGCAUUUUUGGUCAGCCGUUACUCGGGGUCAGAUGCAGGCUAUAAUGGGCAUAAUGGAUGGUAUCAUUGAUACUGUUUAUGCAAAUCACUCUAUUUUACCGUUGAUUGGAUUGUUGAAGUCACAUGGAACAUUGGUUUUGGUCGGUGCACCAGAAAAACGCCUAGAGCUACCAGUGAUGCCGUUGCUUAUGGGGAGAAAGAUCGUGGCUGGUAGUAGCACUGGGGGGAUAAAAGAAACGCAAGAGAUGCUCGACUUUGCAGCAAAACACAACGUAACAGCUGAUGUUGAGGUCAUUCCAAUGGACUAUGUAAACACUGCUGUGGAGCGUCUUGAAUAAGAUGAUGUUAGAUACCGAUUUAUCAUCGACAUUGGGAACACUUUGAAAGCUCCUUCAUCCUAGGAAUUUUGGUUUUCCCGAGGAUGUUUCGGGGUCAGACAAGGGAUCAAUAUUAGGAUCUAUGUUUCUAUAUUGUUGUCUUCUAUUGUUGUUGUCAUCAUUCAAUCUGCUGUGUCUGAUGUCAUUUUGAAUACAUUGGUUUAUUUUUAUGUUUUGGGAGAUUAGACAUCGAUUUUAAUCUUGUUGUAAAUCAGUGCUCCUAUCUGAGAUUUUAUUUGAUUGUAAUAAUACUUGUUCAUGGUAUUGUA